CCGCGCCGCGGAGCCGACCCGAGCCACGCCGAGCGGCGCCCCGCGAGGCGGCCGGACCCGGAGCACCCAUGCUGCUGACGCUGGCCUGGGGCUCGCUCUUCUUCCCGGGGCUCUUCGCGCUCAGCACCUGGGCGCUGCGCCGCUGGCGGCCCGCAUGGAGCUACAACGACUGCGUGAUGGUCGGCACCAGUGCAGGCUGUGCUGGCCACCGGGGCAGGGAUCGUCAUCAUCCGUUCCUGCAGCAACGUGGUCUCAGACAGGUAACAACCUUCAGUCCCAGGUGAAAGAGAUGCAAAUGACAAGGCUAAGGAACUUCGAAGCUUUCGCCUUGCAGCACUGGCUUACCCGAGAAUAUGUCUGGUUUUUGAUUCCAUACAUGGUCUAUGACUGCUACGCCAUGUACCUCUGUGAUUGGUGCCGAAUCAAAGACCAGAAUCCUGGGCACUCCUUCGUUUUUCGAAACUUCCUGAGUCAAAACCGCCUCAUGAUCACGCACCAUGUGGUUAUUCUCUUUGUUCUUGUGCCAGUUGCACAGAAGUUCCGGGGAGACCUUGGAGACUUCUUUGUUGGCUGCAUCUUCACAGCAGAACUGAGCACCCCAUUUGUGUCAUUGGGCAGAGUUCUCAUUCAGCGAAAGCAGCAGCACACCCUUUUGUAUAAGGUGAAUGGAAUCAUCACGCUGACCAGCUUCUUUUGCUGUCGGAUCCUUCUUUUCCCCUUCAUGUACUGGUCCUAUGGCCGACAUCAGGGACUAAGCCUACUCCAAGUGCCAUAUAAUAUCCCUUUCUUCUGCAAUGUGGCGAAUGCCUUCCUCAUCGCUCCCCAGCUCUACUGGUUUUUUCUGCUGUGCAAGAAGGCACUCCGGCUCUUUGACACUCCCCAAGACAAAAAGGAUGGUUAACGGCCCCCAGAAGUUGGGCAGUGAGGGUCUCCUCACACUAGCUGCCACCUCCACUCAGUAUUCCAUGGACCAAACUGCCCUAGGUGGCCUCAGCCUUUUGGGUAUCAAUAAGCAGAUAGCUCUGAAUUUUUCUUUAAAAAUAUUCCCAUUACCUCCCUCUUCUAACCUGCCCUUUUGCAGAAGCACUUUUUAUGGUUAACAGCUAUUGGGUGCUGUCAGCUCUUUGCCAGCAGCAAAGUUAUCUUAAUAUAAGCCCAAGGAUUUUUCCUUGGGCCUUAACUCAAGAGCUCUGGGAGGUUGAAGCAUGGGACAUGAGGUUGGUGGAUCACAGUGCUGAGUGUCUGGGCACGCACCUAUUUUGGUGCCUGUCCACCUUUGCAACUACUCAGGGCAGUACCCACAGUACUGGGCCAGCAGAAGCAAAUGAUGACGACUUGGUUCUUAAAAUAUCUUGCAUUGUUGGCCUGGGAAGAUCAUUGUGGGUAUGCAGUUUUUUAUUGUUUACUAGAUAGCCCAUUCACAGUUCUUUGCCUCAUCCUGUCAUCCAUGUGUCAAUACUGAAUUCCCAUAUCUGCAUAUCUGACAUUCCCAUGUCUCAGAAGUGUCACUGGCAACAGUUAGCAGUUGAGUAGGUCAGGAGGUGAACAGAAGUCAGCACAGUGGUGGCAGGCUGACUUGGUAAAAGACCAGAGUCAAACUUGUGAGCUUGCUACAAGCAGUCACAAAUACUAUUCCCAUUUUAGUAUGA